AUGAACAAGGUUAACAAAAAGUAGAAUGGCUGUUCUGAUUACACAUUAGAAUAAUAUAAGUAACAUUAUUAAGAAUUACUUUAAUAUUCGAAUAUCAUUGAUAACAAAAGUAAAUAGUUAAUUUGUGAAAAAGUGGAAUUAAUUUGUGAAUUUUCAAUUUGGGGAGAUUAAAACAAUUCAGAUUUUUUUGAGUAUUUCAUUUUUAUCAAUAUAGUUAUUUUUUUGAAGAAAACAUUGCUGAGAAAUUAUUAAAGAUAAUGUAAAGGUCAAGCUUCAAAGAAAUUAUUAUUGGGAUAAUUUAAAGUUUUGCUAUUUUAUUGUAAUUUAUUAAUCAUAUCAAUAAGAGCUAAUUUGACAAAUAAAGAAAAUGUAAACUAUCUUCUGUCUCAUCCAGUCAUUUAGGAUUUAAUAAUGUAUAAUUAUGAUUUCACUGAUGAAGAAAUUGUUGAUUAUUAUAUAUCAUUAUUAAAAAGCUUGGCUUUGAGAAUAGAUGAAGAUAAUGUACAAUUAUUUUUCAACUAAAGAAUGAGUUUGUUUCCAUUACUGUGGUAAGCAACAAAAUUUUAUAAUCACAAAGAGAUCAUGGUUAGAACUGCAGUGCGUACUAUAAUACUUGGAAUAAUGAAAAGUAUAUAAUUUUUCUUAUCUAUCUAGUAUAAAACCCUGUAUUAAAAAAAUAUUUGACCAGAUUUCCUUUUGUUUUAUUUUUUGUUCAUUUCUCUUGUUAUUUGAAGCAUGUAUGGCUUGAGGCAAACAAAGAAGUUUUAGAAGGAAAUGUUGAUGUAAAAGAGAAGAUGGAUGACUUAGUAGAUGUAUUUUAUUUUCUGAAUGACAUUUAUGCAUUUUGUCCAGAAAUUUCAAAUGUAGAAUAAUUGAUUAUAAAAAUAUUAGAUUUUGGACAAUUCAUUAUUAACUUACACAGUGAUUCCAGCGAUGCUAGGAGGCAUUUUAUUUUAGAAAAAAGAAACCCUAUCAAUUUCUUUUACUUUACAUCUAACAACUCAUUUAAUUAAUAAUUUUAAUACCACAAAUUUAUCCAAAAAUAUCCUUUUAUUAUUAUUUAGUCCUUCAUUAUAAAAGAAACUGUGUCAAUUACUCGAAUUUAAUGUUGGAUAACCAAGAUCUUAUUUAUAUUCAUGGAGUUUUAAAAAUUUUUGGGAUUUACAUUAAGAUGUAUUGAUAAGUUAGGCAAAUCAAUUAUUUGAUAUACAAACAUAUGCAUAAAAAGAGGAAGCAUGCGAUAAAGAAAUUGAAUUAAUAAAUAGAGUUUUGGGCCUUACUGAUAAUGAUCACGUGCUAUUCUAUUGUAAAUAAUUAUUAUUAAACAAUGGAUAAGAAGACAUGUCCCAAAACAAAAUUAGAAAUAAUUUAAUGAUUUAUUUACAAACAAAAGAUGAUAAUCUACUGUUUUUAUUAUUAAAUUUAAUAAAAUCAGUCUUAUUGUUUAAGGAAAAGGAUAUUUUAAGAAUUUGUUUAUUUUAAGAGGCCAACACUAAUAUCAUUAUUAAAGAAAGAAAUCAAAUCAUAUAUUAACUAUUAGACAUAUUUUUAAUAGAUCCAUCUCUUAGAUUAUGCACUAUCAUAUUGACAUGCUAAAUAAUUAUUCAUUUUAUCAAUUUAGAUAAGCUUAUUUUAGAAAGAGAAACAAUUAAUAAAUUAUAUGAAGUCUAUAAUUAUACCAUAAUUAAAAUGAAUUAGAUGAUUAAGUUAAACUAAUACCACGAAGUAGUUGUUUCUUAAUAUGAAAUAAUUUAUAACAAAUACAAGUUAGCAAUAUUUAUUUAUUAAUUAGUUUAAAUCUGAAAAUUUUGAAACCUAACUUAGAUUAUUUAGCAUUCUCUCCUAUUAUUGACAAAUAUGAUGCUAAUGUAGAUUUAAUGUACAGACAACCUGUCGGAUUAAAAGAAAUUGCAAUCAAGGACUUAGCCAUUUUUUUUAUGAUAGAUCUUGUUUUGUAAUAUAAAAUCAUAUCAUUAGCUUUUAGAUAAUAAGUUAGGAAAAAAUCAAUUAGAAUGGAACUUCAUAAAUCGUUUAAAAAAUAAAUGUUACAAACUCUUGGAUAAUUGGGUAAAACUAUGAACCCCCUGAUGGUUGUUAAUUAUUAUCAUGCAGAAUAUCAGCUAAAACAAUUAAAGAUAAAUUGUAGGCUUGUACUUCUGGGGAAUGGUAAUUAAACUACUUAAAAUAGUUUUUGGAUGGAGGAUGACGACAAUUUUAUCAUCAUAGAAACAUAAAUAGUUAAAAAAGAAUGGGCUCAUAUUAUAUAUCAUGCUAAGAUAAAGGAUGUAGAAGCUAUGAUAGAUAGAGGAGAACCAAGAAAACUAAAUGUCAAUAUUAAGAUUUCCUCCAGCAAUUCAAUAAAGGUUUCAUUUCCAUUAAUUUUAGGAAUAAUACUAAGAUGUAUAAUUGUUAUUUGAUGAUUGUACUUACGCUUAAAAAACUAAAAAGCAUAUUGACGAUACAAGAAAAUCAAAUUCUAAAAAAUCUUCCUAAAUUAUUGAAAAUAGGCUUGCUUAGGGUUUAGAAUUGUGUAAUGACUACUUUAAAUUGCUCAAAUAAUAAGAGCAUCCAUAAUGA